GCGCGUCCCCAGGUGGCGGAUAGGGGAACGGCCAGCAGAUAUGCUAGUUAGCUGCGAAAUAAGGGCCUCACGUUGAGGUGACGAAUAAGCAGUCGCGGACCAAAUGGACUAGGGGAAGGAACCCCGAAUAACAAAUCAAUCAUGGUGUUUUGCACAGAGUUAAAUUCAGUUACGGUGCAGGGGCUCGGAACCCCAGUACCGGCGCCUGGUUAGGGUGGGCGAACGAGCCCGCAGGCGUCGUUAACCGGCAACCGCAAAGCUGCAGUGGUGGACCACUUGGCCACUGCAGCCGCUCUGGCGACAAAUGACAAAGACACGACGAGAGUUCCAUUCUUUCCCGCCAUUGGCUCUACGGGAGAGGAGAGCCUAUUGAAGGAGGUCCAGGAGGCGGAGUAUAAGAUUGAGCGCUGUUUGAAGGAGAUGAAAGCCCUCAUCAGUGUCAUGCUUGCCGCCAUAAAGAAGCAGCCAAAUGUCAACAAAGACAUUAAGUCAUCUCUUCCGAAGAUGGAAGAGUUGCUUGACCUUCUCCAUGAAGGCAGGCGCGCCAGUUCAGCCGGUCGUGAGAAACUGGUGAAAAAAAUGGAGAUUCGGUUGAAGAAGCCGGCAGUCACUUCGAAGCAGCACACUUCGUCAGCGGCUGCUAGUACCCCCAAGAGGCCGGCAACCAGCCCACCGCUGCUUGCUACUGGGAACAAGCAAAAGAAGAAGAAGCCGGACUCUGCGGAACUCGGAUGGAUCACGGUCCAUUCCAGGAAGCGAAAGCAGGGGAGUACUCCCUCUUCCACUGCGGACGGGAAAGCGGUGGAGGUGGGGAAGAAGAAGAAAAGGAAACCUCAGGCAAGGAGGAAAGCAGAGGCAAUCCUCCUCAAACCAAGUGGAGGCAAAACUUUUGCAGAGGUUCUUGGCACCAUCCGCAAAAGUGUAAAGCCAGAGGAUUGCGGAGCAGAAGUGCGGUCCAUUCGCCGCACCAGAGCGGGCGAGCUGCUGCUGGAGCUACGGAACACGUCCCCCAACGCACGACUCGGGUUCAUCGAUGCCUUGAAGAAGGCAGUCCGCGAGGGCGGUGAUGUCCGGGAAUUGAUUCCUAAAGACCGGAUUGAGAUUAGGGACAUGGACAGUUGCACCACCAGAAGGAGGUAAGCAGCGGUGAUGUGACCUACG